AUGGAGACGCCGCGCCUCGUAGUCGCGGCGGCGUCGCGGGCCCCACCACCAACUCCUCGGUUCCGGCGGCGGCGCCUCCCGCGUCCGCGCGGCGGGGCGCAUUGCUUCCCCUUCGCCCGCGCCACUCGGCCGGUGCUUCUAAGCCGGUGCUCCUACUCCUCCAGGGAGGGGAACGGUGAUUCUCGCGGUAAGCCCCGCCGCGAGAGCUCCAGUACCGUCCGGUUGGACGUCGACGCAGAUAGUGAUCAGGUACCAAGUUUGGCUGAUGAGGGUGAUGUUGGGGAGCUCUUCAGACUGGCUCAACGGAAUAUCCUGUACAUUAACAAGCAGCGGCUUAUGGCCAUGGAGGAGCUGAAGAAACUGCAGGAUGAAAAUAAUUUGCUUCUCGAGGAAAUACAAGUACUAGAAACAGAAAUGCAAGGUAUUCCCCUAGAAGCAGCACAAUCGUCAAGUUUCAGCGAGUUACUCCUGCGGAUAGAUACAAUGGUCAUUUCUGGAAUGAUCAGCAUGGCGGAAGCAUCUGAUUUAAGAGAGAAAGUUGUCACUAAUAGAAGCAUAAUACAAAGCGCCUUUUCUGAUAUUCAUCAUAAACCAAAUACUGAAUUGCUGUCUGAACUGCGACUCUUUCUGCAUAAACCAAUAGAGAAACCUCUUCAUAUUGUGCACAUCUGCAGUGAAAUGUACCCAAUAUCAUCAUGUGGAUCAUUAUCAACCUAUGUUGCCAGUUUAUCUUGUGAGAUUCAUAAAAAGGGUAACUUGGUGGAGGUGAUACUACCCAAGUACACCAGUAUAAACGUGGAUGGAAUUCAUGGUCUAAGGAGAGCUGAGGCAGAGUAUGAAUCUUAUUUUGGUGGUCUUUGGCAUAAAAACAAAAUAUGGACUGGUACAUCAAGUGGUGUUGGUCUUGUACUUAUAGAACCAUCUCAGCUCUCCUAUUUCAGUCGUGAUAUGUUACAUGGCUACCCUGAUGACUUUGAGCGAUUUUCCUAUUUUUCCCGUGCAUCCCUGGAUUAUAUUGUAAAAUCUGAAAAGCGGCCAGACAUUAUACACAUACAUAACUGGGAAACUGCUAUAGUGGCACCACUUUUCUGGGAUAUAUUUGCUCACCAGGGACUUGGGAACACUCGGAUAUUACUGACGUGCCAAGACUUGAAUUCAGAAUGCCUAGAGGAGCCAAAUAAAUUGGAGAUGUGUGGACUUGAUCCUCAUAAGCUUCACCGCCAUGAUCGUCUGCAGGAUACAAAUAAGACAGAUCUUGUUAAUAUUCUUAAGGUAGGAUGUAUCUGUGAUGAUAAUUCAGAUAUCCAUAGUCUUAAAGAAGCAGUUCAUGUUGCUCUGCGCAGGAAUACUCAGGUCAUCAUCAUGGAAAAGUUAGGGUCUAUCGUGAACUCAACUUUGCGAGCAUUAAAGGGAGAGAUAAUGGGAGACAAAAUAGCAUUCGUUGAGGCAUACGAUGAAGCCCUAGCACAUUUAAUAUAUGCAGGAUCUGAUAUCAUUCUUUGCUCUUCCUUUCAAGAUCCAUCGCUGCAAACAGCGAUGAAGGCAAUAAAGUAUGGAUCUGUGCCAGUACAGAUAAACUUUCCCAGCGAUGAAUCAAGGGAGUUGGAGGGGCAUGAUUGCCCAAAUACAGCAAUGUCUCAGUACAUCAUCUCAACCUAUGGAGAUCUGUCUCUUUCUCAAGCAUUUGAUGACUUCAACAAUGACCCUUCACAUUGGGAUCGGCAGAUUAAGGAUGGGAUGGCUAGGGGUUCGUCAUGGGACGUGAAGUGCUAUAACCUUCAUUGGGAGGCUUAUUCCUCUAUAAGGAAGCUGUGA